AUGGACAACGAUGACGACAUUGAGAUAAUCGAAGAGACAGACCAACAGCAAAUUGUGAAUCCUGUGAGUUCUGUGAAUGGAACUGGGGAAUUUGAAGUGAAUCCCGAUGUCGUUGAUUUGAGUAGUGAUAGCGAUGAGAGCGAUAUCAUUUUAGAAAAGGUGCAAAAUCUCAACGACGAUGAAGAGCUCGAGCUCAAAUUGGAGAGAAUCGACAAAAUUCUAUCAUGGUUCGUGAAAAUGAAGCCCGAGCUCAUUAUUGAUUGCGAAAUUACACGAGAUGAUUAUUUGAAGUCAAGUGUACGCGACGAGCUCGCCGUCGAUUUGGAGACAUCAAAAAAAUGCCUUGAAGAGUACCGAAACACUGGCGAAUAUGAGCAUAUCCAUGAGAAGCUCGGACUUGGCUCGCCAGAGCUUACGGUCGUCGCAAUCUGUAUUGCAGUGCUAGACGAGGACAAUUCGAGCGAUAUCGACUUCACCGGAUUGUGUUUUGAUCGAUUGGACAGCUUCACGUUCAACACGAUCAAAACGUGCAUGUCGAACUCGACGAUAGGCGUCGAUGAGAGUUCGCGAUUCGGACCGUUGAUGUUGAUGCGACAUACGCUGAUGCCGCCGGCGAAUGUUGUGUUGGGAUUGACGAUUAUGUGGUUGAGGGUUAAUCAAUUUCCGAUUCGAGUUGAAUGGAUCGAGAUGGAGCGGAAGGCGAUCACGCAGAACGACGUCGCCGAAUUUCAGAAGAAUGUCGUCGAAGCGGCGCUCGAUUAUUUCGCGAGAAACAACACCGUCGAGAGCGAGUGCCGAAAAUUCGAUCAAGAAUUGGACGACUUCCAACGCGACUAUCAACUGACGACACAAUCGGUGCGACAGAGUAUCGAGCGCGCGAAAGCGGCGAUGAGCGAGAUCAGAAAGCCGGCAAUGUCGGAGCUGAUGGCCGAGAUUCGCGAGAAUCCGACGACGCCCGUCGAAUUGACGUCGUUGGAGUGUCGUCGGAAUCUCGAGGCGAUGCGCGAGAUGAAGCGAGAAUUGGCGACGCAUCAGGAGAUCUACAAUCGGCGAAUGGAGACGAUGUUGGCGAAUUCGCCGUCGCUUCAAGACGCGCUCCUCUUCAAAUACGACGAUUUUUGUCUGGCGCGUAGUGUUGCCGACGAGGCGGCGCCGUUUGAGAUUGCCGUCGUGCAAGAGCAGGUCAACAUGUGCCAUUAUCGGGUGCGAUUCGCCGAGAAUGGCGAGACGAAAUUGGUGCACAUCGCCAACAUGGCGCACCCGCGUUUCACCAUGUUCGACGCCGUCGUCGCCCAAACCAUGUACAUCGGCCUUCGUGUGGUGUGUCGCGUCGUCGACGUCGGCGGCGGCGGCGGCGGCGACGCCACCGACGCGAAAUGGAUGGCGGGCACGAUCGGCGGACACGCGAUGAUACACGGCGACGAGUUUCUCGUGUUCUUCGACGACGGCCAAGAUCGUUACGUGCGCGCGCCGACGCAUCCGACGAGCGUCGAGGCGAUGGCGAUCGGACGGUUGGCGGCGGUGUCGCGCGAUCGUGCCUUGCUGAGGCGUCGACUCGAGCUCGUCAAAAUCGUGCCGAUGGUCGAGCAGAGUUUCAACGAGAAAAAAGAGCUGGAUCGAUUCCAUGUGCACGAGUUGAUACGCGAGAAGACGCGCGCCAAAUUUUUGAUGCACUAUUUGGCGAGAUAUCCCGAAUGGCCGCUUCUUCGCGUCAGCGUCGGCGAGAAACUUCAAAUUUUCAAAUCCGACAACUCGCGCAACAAGGUGACGGUGACGGUGGUUCACGUGGACCGCGCGUUCUGUGUGGUCCGCUACACGUUCGGCGGUUCGGUGCUCGGCCAGACGUGCCUACAGUACCCGUGCGCCGGUUUCCAUCCGCACACCGAUGAGAAGCUCUAUCGGGGCUCCUAUCGAAUACCCGAUGUUGUGAUCGAUCAGAGCGGUGAGAACAAUUUGUCGCGUCGCGUCGUCCAACGCCUCCGCCGCUUAUUCGAUCCGUCGCAGUCGACGCCGAAGAUGCCGGUGCUCGGCGUGCCGACGUGCGAUGGCAAUGACGGCGUCGGCGGAGGCGACGACGACGACGUUGAUGAUGAUGUCGUCGUCACACGCGAGAAUCUGAAGGCGCGACGACGAAAGCGCAAUGAGUUGACGAGCAACGAGAUCGUCGAGAGGCGACGAAAACAGAAUAUAAUCAAUCGCACGAUUGUUCGCGCGCCGCAACUCCAACCGCUCAGCGAGCUCAAAUUCCACGAGCUGUGUGGUCCCGACUGCCUUCAGGGAAUGGACGCCGAUCCGUACGAUUCGAGAUUCCAUCGAUGCUCGCCGCUUCACGUGCCGAUUCUUUGCGGUUGGAGGAGAUAUAAAUUCACGAUGAAAGUGUUCAAACGACGCGCGAACACCCGAAAAUGCAUAAUCUAUUAUGGUCCGUGCGGGAAACCGCUGGCCGGCUGCAAGGAGAUCACGAAUUAUCUGCGCGAGACCCAAUCGAUGAUCACCAUCGAUUGUUUUUCGUUCGAUUUGGAUGUUGAUACCGAAACGUACAUAACGGUUGAUGAGAAGUACCUGAAAACCGAGGACUACGCGAAUGGAAUCGAGGGCAUCCCGAUUCCGGCGGUCAACACCGUCGAUGAUGAGAAUCCGCCGGUGAUUGACUACACGAAACGACGAUAUCAGUAUGAUGAUACGGUGGAUUUGCAAACGAUCAAUCGCGAUUUUUGCUCGGGAUGCUCGUGCGAGGGCGAUUGCAGCGAUGCGAGCAAGUGCGAGUGCCUUCGAUUGAGCAUCUCGUCGUACAAUGCUCUGCCCAACGAUCUCAGGAGUCAGAAUAAGAAAGAUUUAGUUUGUGAUUUCAGAUAUGACUACCGAAUGCUGUCCGAAAAAGUGUACAGCGGCAUUUAUGAGUGCAACGAUCAGUGCUCGUGUCAUCGCAAAAAUUGCCAUAAUCGAGUGGUUCAGAAUAAUAUCAAAUAUCCAAUUCAGCUGUACAAAACGGCCGAGUCGGGUUGGGGCAUUCGCGCGCUCACCGACAUCCCGCACGGCGCGUUCAUCUGCAACUACGUCGGCGCGAUUCUGACGAACGAGCUCGCCGAUCAGCAUCAGAACGACGAUCAAUAUUUCGCCGAUCUCGAUUUGAAGGACGUCGUCGAGCGCGAGAAGAUGAUGGACGAGAACAGCGACGACGAUUUGGGAUUCGACGAGGACGAGUCGAGGCAAUCGCCGGCGAACGUCGACGACGCCGAUGAGGAUGACGACGAUCUUGGCAUCGAGGGGAGCAUCAACUCCGAGGAGGAGGAGGAGGAGGAUGUCGCGGCUCGACGAUCGUCGCGACAAGUCGAGAAGCAGAAGGCGGCGAUUGCCGAGCAGCAGAGGAAGAAGGAGGAGCGCGAGGAGAGGAAGCGGCGGAGGAACCAGGCGAUAUUCAAAUGGGACGACUAUUUCGGCGAUUUGGCGUUGUUCGUGUUGGACGCGAAGCGGAGAGGCAAUAUUGGAAGAUUCUUGAACCAUUCCUGCGAUCCGAACGUCGUCACCCAGCAUGUUUUGUAUGAUACGCAUGACUUGAGGCUUCCGUGGACCGCAUUUUUCGCUAGGCGAUUUAUUAAAGCCGGAGAGGAAUUGUGCUGGGACUACAAUUAUACGAUGAUGCGCGACAACGACGAGCAAAUCGUGUGCAAUUGCGGCUCCGAGCGUUGCCGUGGGCGUCUCCUCUGA